ACGAUAUAAAAGGAACUCCUGAGUACCAUAAUCCAGCAGACGAUAUAAUAGAUACUGACGGUGUUGAAAUAUUGGACCCGCCACCUGCCAUGGUUGUUCUGAGAAUGCCACUUAAUAAAAAUGAGCUACUUUGCAAACUUCGAGGUCAUAUCAUGUCCAUUCAUAAUGCAGAUUCCCGAGAGAAAGAAUGGAUCCGUAGCUCCAAGCCCUACCCACUAAGUAUAAGUCUUAGACAACUACAAGACUUACUAAAGAAUACACGGGCUAUUGAUGUCGACAGUUUUAACAUGGCUGUUCGAGUAAAUGCUACAGACGACAUUCAAUGGGCUAAAGACACUCCAUAUCACUAUAUGGAUCUCAGAUUUUCUAUGAUACUAAAUGACUCUACACAAGAUCCAAAACUCCGUUUACCAUUUGAUGCCCAACGCUACAUUAUUGCAAAACUAUUUCAUUGUUGGCCUGAUAUGUGCUUUGACGUCUCGGUGUGCAAGUUGAUUUUGUUGCCGUUUUGUACAACCGGUCGCUUCAUCCUCUUCCUGUUCGACCUAUUGGAUAGAACAAUCACUAUACUCGACCCUCUUCCCCUAUCGGAUGCAUGGAAAAAGAAUCCUUCACAGAAGGACAUAUUUAAGAUUCAAUGUAUUUCAUUCCAUCUAAACAUAGCAUUACAAGAUGCAAUUCCUGGCUGGAAUGAUGAUGUUUUUAGAUGGCAUCGCAUCAUACCAAUUGGAGUUCCAAAAAACCCAAACAGGUUAUAACCUUAACAUUCCAAUUAUUUGACCAUAUUUUCAUCUAUCAUAUUGCUAAUAACAUUUACUCCUAUGCAGCAAUAUGUCUGGGUUUUUAGUUUUAAAGAUUAUGCGCACGUGGCAUGAUCAUGAACAUGGA